UCUGUGGUACUGUUGGAAAUAACCUGUCAUGUAGAGGGCUCAAAAUGCCUUCAUCAAUAACUUUUUUCUCUCUUUUUUUGGAACUCAUUGCUGGUUAAAGUUUGCUGUUGCAUAGUGUUAUGUGAGCAGAAGAGUCCAGCCAUGCAGCUAAAUGAGUCUGGAGUUCAAACCUCAGCUCCAGAGCCAUGUGAGCAGCCAAUGAUAUUGGAGGACAUUGCUGGAAACUGUAGCGGAGGAUCCACCAGCAACCUGUCGCUGCACUGCUGGCUGCAGCUGCUCACCAGGGACUCCAUCAUGGAAUUUCAAGGGGACAACUCCAGUCUGGUGGUGCGUGUGAUGAUCGCAUGUGUCUACUCUAUAGUCUGUGCCCUGGGGCUGGUGGGAAACUCUUUGGCGCUGUAUCUGCUGCACUCACGUUACCGGCAGAAGCAGUCAUCAAUUAAUUGCUUUGUGAUGGGACUGGCUAUUACAGACCUUCAGUUUGUGCUGACGUUACCUUUCUGGGCGGUGGACACCGCCUUGGACUUCCGCUGGCCGUUUGGACGUGUGAUGUGUAAAAUCAUCAGCUCUGUCACAACCAUGAACAUGUACGCUAGUGUCUUCUUCCUCACAGCGAUGAGCAUGGCACGUUAUUACUCCAUCUCCUCUUCACUGAAGAUGCACAGCCGGCGGACGGCAGCUGCCAGAGCCAAGUGGACAAGCCUAGGCAUCUGGGCUGUCUCCCUGCUGGCCACUCUGCCUCACGCCAUCUUCUCCACCAGCGUCCAGGUGUCAGAUGAGGAGCUCUGCCUGGUGCGCUUCCCAGACUCAGGCAGGUGGGAUCCACAGAUACUUUUGGGUCUCUACCAGCUGCAGAAAGUCCUCCUGGGAUUCCUUAUUCCUCUGAUCAUAAUCACUGUCUGCUACCUGCUGCUCCUACGCUUUAUCCUCAGCCGACGUAUCACAGGUGCAGCAGAUCCAGAGGUGGAGCAGAACCGGCAAAGUCGUCGUUCGAGAGUGACCAAGUCCAUCGCCAUCGUGGUUCUGUCCUUCUUUCUGUGCUGGCUGCCCAAUCAGGCGCUGACACUGUGGGGAGUGCUAAUUAAGUUUGACCUUGUGCCCUUCAGCAAAGCCUUCUACAACACUCAGGCCUAUGCCUUCCCCCUGACGGUAUGCCUGGCUCACACAAACAGCUGCCUCAACCCUGUGCUCUACUGCCUGAUCCGCCAGGAGUUUCGGGCAGGUUUGAAGGAGCUUCUUCUUCACGCCACGCCUUCCUUUAGAAGCCUGACUCAUCUAUUCCCUCGCAAGGUAAAAGUAGCCGAGGCACCGCCUGUUCUGGUACUCGUCCAAAUGGAUGUCUGAGAUGGACAGGUUACAGUGAAGGAGUGAAUGAAUAAAACAUAAAGUGGAAAAGCCAAACCUUCAUAUACUAUGACUGAUCUGGAUUUAUAAACUAAUGACGCAUUUACCUCCAUCCUGUCAACACAGAAUAUGAAAUAUAUUUUUGGCUUAAACAACAUUAUCAUAAUGGACUGCUCAGAGGGUUGUGCCCUAUUUUCACUGCCUGCUCCAAGAUUCUUUCUGCUGCAGAAAUAUUUAUUUGUUUUACAGUGACUCUCUCUCUCAUCGGUUUUGUCUUUGCAUUACUUUCAGCUUCUGAGAGACAAAACAAGUCUCAAAAAAAUAUUUUUCAAGAUAUAUUUAACACUGUAAAUGAUAAAUGAGAUUCAC